UCCAUUUCUCUCUUGAUGAUAUGGUUCAUCAUUCAUAUCGCCCUAUCAAAAGAAGAAGGGCAUUCUCGUCACAUGAGUAAAAAAACAGCAAUUGACAACGAAGACCCUACAGCCACUAGGUUACAUUGAGCUAAAGACAAACCGCAUUUCGUCACCUUCCACAUCCCACGAAACCCUUUUUCAUCUCCUCUCUCAUUCAUACACUGUAUCUCUGCACCUCACCCCACCCCACCACACCACACCACACCACACCACACUACACUACACUACACUACCAACAAGUACUACUAUCCAUCAAACAAACCCUCUUUCAUUUAUCCAUCCAUCUAACUCUCUUGUUUGACACUGUGUUUACUUCUUACCAAUGACCACAUCUUAGCAACUUUGUUUUGAAAUUUUGUCACAAAAAAGUAAAAAAAUUCAGAAAAAAUGGACAGUGAAAGACACCAUCGUACUACUACUACUAGUGCAGCAAGUAACAAUAGCAAUAGCAGCACAAGUGAGCUCUUUGUUUGCUUCACUUCACGUUUGUCUUCUUCAUCCAUGAAGCUCACUUCCAAGUCCAUUCUCAGUCCAAGCCGUGGAAGAGACCCACCACCUCAGAUUUCCCUCUCAGCUUCUCUGAGCAGGAGGCUCAAGAGCAAUGGCAGCAUGAAAGGUGGUCAAGCUUCUCCUAUGUUCCCAACUAAUGGCAAGAGAAGAGGGUGUGGGUUUGAGAAUCCUGAACCUUCUUCUCCUAAAGUGACCUGCAUUGGGCAAGUGAGGGUGAAGACAAAGAAGCAAGGGAAGAAGAUGAGGGCGAGAUCGAAGAGGAGAGGAGAAGCGAGUUUCAGGAAAGUGGCGGAGAUGCAGGGGUUUCAGAACAACAACAACAACAACAACAACCCAGAUCUCACUAGACAGAACAGCCAGAGUAGCUUUGGGUUUCAGAAUCAUAGCCAGAGCUUGCAGCAGGAGUGUUUGAAGCACAGGAAUCAGAGAUGGGUUCAUCUUCCUUUGACGAUUUGUGAAGCUUUGAGGGAGUUCAGCUGUUUCUUCCCUUGCAGGUCUUCUUGUUCUUCCGGCGAGAGGGAGAAAGAGGAGAAGGGUGUUGUUGUAAGAGAAGGAGGAGGAGGAUCUGGUGGUGGAGAUGGCAGAGAAGGGUCUUGUGGUGCUGCAUUGGCAAGAUGGCUGGUGACUUUGCAGGAAGGGGAUGGGAAGGGGAGAGGGAUUGAGCUGGUGAUGGAGCCUGAGGAGGAUGAGGAGGAGGAUGAAGAAGAAGAUGGAAGAGAGAAAUCUGAGAGAAGCCAAAACCGGAGCCAGAGGAGACACGUUUUUGAAGAUAUUGAUAUUGAUCUAGUGGAGGAUGGGAAGAAGAAACAUGAGGAGUUUGGAGGAGGAGAGGAAGAAGAGAAGGGAAGAGUAAGCAUUUGCAUACCACCUAAGAAUGCUCUUUUGUUGAUGAGGUGCAGAUCUGAUCCUGUCAAAAUGGCUGCUCUUGCUAACAGAUUCUGGGAAUCACCUCUUAAGAAAGACCAACAAGAGCAAGAGGAUAGUGAUGGUGAAGAAGAGCAAGAGGAAGAAGAAGAAGAAGAAGAAGAAGGUGAACAAGACCAGCAGAUUGAAAUGGAGGAAGAUGAAGAACAACAAGAGCAAAAGGAGGUGCAACUGGAAAGUAAAACAGAGGAAUUAGAACAAAACAGCAUUUCUGAAGAAGAAGAAGAAGAAGAAGAAGACGACAUUGUAAUCCCAUUACAGGAACAGGAAGAAGGUGAAGCAAAACAAGAUGUGAUUGUAAGCUUCAACAUUGAAACAAGAUUGAACCCAGAAAACAAUGAAGUUUCUGAAGGCAAAGAGGAGCAGGAUAAAAGUGAAGAUGAAGAUGAAGAUGGAGAAGGAGAAGAAGGAGAUGCAAAUCAUCAUGAAGCAUGCGUUUCACUUCCUGAGGCUGAUGCAGAUCUUGAUAAACCAGAAACUGAAGAUACCCAUCUCCGAGAGAGUGAAGAGGAGAAAGAAAACAAUGAAAGUUCAGUCCCUGCAAUGUUAACAUCUUCAGAACAAGAAAACUUUGAAGUUAAAGCAGCAGCUGAGGAGUCACCGGAGGAGGAAGAGACGGCAGCGGCGGAGAGGGAGGAGCAAGCUCCGACCCACGAAGGGUCCGGCCCGGUUAAUGGUCCGGAGUCAAAGGAGCCAGAAACCGGGUCAAAGAAAGAAACAUUGCCGGAAUGCUUGUUGCUGAUGAUGUGUGAGCCGAAGCUGUCAAUGGAGGUAUCCAAGGAGACGUGGGUAUGCAGCACCGACUUCAUACGGCGGCUUCCGGGAAAACCCGCCGUGAAAGUCGACGGCGGUGGCGGCGGGAAGAGGGUCAGCUUGGACUCCUCCACGAAGGUGAAGGCGAAGCUGAAGCCUCCCCAGCCACAAAUGCAGCCGCCGAGGUCUUCAUGCUCGUUCCCGGCGGGUGGCGGCGGCGGAAUGUCAAUGGCGAUGAUGAUAGAGCAGAAGUUGGUUGGGUCCCAUAACGGGUAUGAGCCGUUUGUUCUCACGCGCUGCAAGUCGGAGCCGAUGCGGUCCGCGGCUAAGCUUGCGCCAGAGGCUUGCUUUUGGAACAACAGGAAGCUCGAGCCGACGGCUCCGCUUGGAGUCGGCGCACAGGCUGGUGUAGGAUUUUGAUUUUAAUUUAGUUUUUCCUUUUUAGAUCUCAAAUUUUUCUUUUUGAUGAACAGGGUAAUUAAUUGUUUGUAUUAUUAUUAUUAUCUGUAGAUUAUGCUAAACCUUGGUCAGCUCUGGUAAGUCUUUAGGGAUUGGUCAUAUAGUGAUUUUAGUUUACUGUUUCAGGAUAUAAUCCUUUGUAUAAAUUGUUUGGUUUAAUUACCUUAGUGAUGCAAUUUGUCAUGUUAAUUCA